GCAUGUCAUGUGACUCGUGUCAUAUGAUCGUCGCUGUAUAAGUUCAGUAGCACGCGGCUGGUCAACAGUUUCAGUGCCGCAGGUGCGCGGAAGGACGAGAGGGACACGCGUUUGUAUCCUUGCGUCUGGUCAGCUAUCACUCCCGUUAUAUAUCGCUGUCUGUCUGCUGUCGAGCCGUCGUAAGGAUGCGUGCGCUCGCCCUCAUUGUUUUGUUGGCGUUUAUCGGCGGGUCUGCGGCCGACACUCCGGCCAACUGCACCUAUGAGGACCUGCUGGGCACCUGGAUCUUCAGCGUGUAUGAUGUGGGUCACGAUCGAACCAUCAACUGCUCCAGCACAGGAAAGUCAGUGAAAACGGUGACCGUGGACCUGCAGAAGCUGUCUGUAGCUGUGGAUGAUCUCGGUCACACUGGCUUCUUCACUCUCAUCUAUAACCAGGGCUUUGAAGUGGUGAUCAAUGACUACAAGUGGUUCGGGUUUUUCAAGUAUUCUCAGCAGGGUUCAGAGGUGACCAGUUACUGCGAUCAGACGCUGCCCGGUUGGGUUCAUGAUGUUUUGGGGAAUAACUGGGGCUGUUUCACUGGGAAGAAAGUGCAGCCCAUCCCACCCCGAAUCGACCACAAUCACAUGCUUGGAUUCCAACACAAACUGCUCAUGAAGCUGCCAUACACAAACAACAUGGGGUUUGUGAAUCAAAUAAACUUAGUUCAGAAGUCUUGGAAAGCGACAACAUACAGUCUCCAUGAGACCCUCACCAUACAGGAGAUGCUGAGAAGAUCAGGAGGACAUGCCUCUCGUAUACCACGACGUGUCAGGCCUGUGAUGGUUUCUGCAGACAGUAAGAUGGCAGCCGGUCUUCCAGAACACUGGGACUGGAGAGACGUGAACGGAGUCAGUUAUGUUAGCCCUGUCCGCAACCAAGCUCAAUGCGGCAGCUGUUACUCUUUCUCCACUAUGGGAAUGCUUGAAGCUCGAGUCCGAAUCCAGACGAACAACACACAGCAGCCGGUGUUCAGUCCACAACAAGUGGUGUCCUGCUCCCAGUAUUCUCAAGGUUGUGAUGGAGGUUUUCCAUACCUGAUUGGGAAAUACAUCCAGGACUUUGGCAUUGUGGAGGAGGACUGUUUCCCAUACACCGGGAAGGAUUCUCCCUGCAAAGUACCUGAGAAAUGCACGAGGUACUACGCCUCUGAUUAUCACUACGUGGGUGGGUUUUACGGCGGGUGCAGCGAGGCGGCCAUGAUGCUGGAGCUGGUCAGGAACGGCCCCAUGGGUGUGGCCCUGGAGGUCUACCCAGAUUUCAUGAACUACAAGGAGGGCAUCUACCAUCACACCGGCCUCCGUGACUCCAUCAAUCCGUUUGAGCUGACGAAUCACGCCGUGCUGUUGGUGGGGUAUGGGAAGUGCCAUAAGACCGGCGAGAAGUACUGGAUCGUGAAGAACAGCUGGGGAACCGGGUGGGGUGAGAAUGGGUUUUUCAGGAUCCGUCGAGGAACAGAUGAAUGCGCCAUUGAGAGCAUUGCUGUAGCCGCUACACCAAUCGCCAAACUUUAGACAGUGUAGACGAAUUGGUCAGUUGAAACGAGCACGGCCUGGAGAAGUAUUUUGAUAAUCGCAAUUCUGAAAAAGGGAAAACAGUGCUGUUUUUUUUUGGUUUUUUUUACUUUGUCGCCAAGUUGUAAACGUCUAAUUUGUUUUUGUGAAAUGGCCUUUUCAGGUCCCUUUUAGUAGCAAACCGUUUGAACGUGAAAUUACAAGUCUCUUUAGAUUUGAUUCGCUCUCAUUUCCCAAUUCUUCAUACAUUAUGAAGCUUGAAACUAAGUUAAUUUUGGCUUCAAGGUUCUCCUCUUUGGUUGUCGUCUUGGUCUUGUUCCAUGUGAGUCGACAUCAUCUCUGUCUCCAUAGCUUUUGACUUUCUCUUGCUGACCUCUAGGGAAUUUAUUCAACUUCUGUGCCUUUUACUGUUCUUUUUGGCAGCCCUUUAAGGAAUAAUGAUGAGGCCUCUUCAAAUUCCCAGUUAUCAUCUUUCUCUUAGCCACCUGUCCACCUGAAAACUCCUGAUUCGGCCUGUCUUGGGUCACCUGCUCUUUCAAUUGUUGCUGUCACCCAAAACCAACCCUGUCUAUAGUGUAGUUAUGGUUUUAAAUUGAUCUAAAAAUCUUAAUUUUUGUAGGUCUUGUCUCUAGAUUUGCAGUGCCGUGUUUUGUUGCAACUGACCUGCUGCCUCCAUCUGUUCAUAAUCUUCUACUUCAACACACAAACAAAGUUGUUCUGUCCUUUUUUGCUCUGUUUAUGUGGAUUUCCACAAGGACUGUGUGUAUGACCAAAAACAGCAUUUCA